CUGCAGCCACCAUUUCUGCUAGUCAAGCAGCCAGGCAACCCAACCCUCUGCUGCUACCUCCACCUAACCCAAACCCCCUAAUCUAAUCAACAUCAAAAACGAAAAAAACAAAAUCUUUUUUUUUAAAUUAUCAAACCCCAAACCCAAACUCUAAAACGAAAUUACUAAGCAGCUAAAGCUUAAAUCAACCCCAAGAGCGGCCGGGUUAAUCACGCAAUUAAGCAGCUAAUAGCUUAAGUCGCCCCUUCCAGCACCUCAAGAGCUCACCUCACUCCUCCCCCUUCUCUGAUUCUGUCUAUAAACCCCGCCUCCUCCCCUCCCAUCUCAUCUCAACUCAUCUCAUCUCCCUUCUCCAGAUCAAAAGACCCUUGCUUUCCCUCAGGAUCGGCCAUGGCGACCGCCGUUGCGUCCCAGGUUGCUGUCUCUGCUCCGGCUGGCUCGGAUCGCGGCUUGAGGAGUUCUGGGAUCCAGGGUAGCAACAAUAUUAGCUUUAGCAACAAAUCAUGGGUUGGCACCACAUUGGCGUGGGAGAGCAAGGCCACGCGACCGAGGCAUGCGAACAAGGUGCUCUGCAUGUCAGUUCAGCAAGCGAGCGAAAGCAAGGUUGCUGUCAAGCCUCUUGAUUUGGAGAGUGCUAACGAGCCGCCGCUCAACACAUACAAACCAAAGGAGCCUUACACCGCCACAAUUGUCUCGGUUGAGAGGAUCGUAGGCCCCAAGGCUCCAGGAGAGACAUGCCACAUUGUUAUUGAUCAUGGUGGCAAUGUGCCUUACUGGGAGGGGCAAAGCUAUGGCAUUAUUCCUCCAGGGGAGAACCCGAAGAAGCCUGGUGCACCACAUAAUGUCCGUCUUUAUUCAAUUGCAUCUACAAGGUAUGGAGAUUCAUUCGAUGGAAGGACCACUAGUUUAUGUGUGCGCCGUGCCGUUUAUUAUGAUCCUGAAACUGGCAAGGAGGACCCCUCAAAAAAUGGUGUCUGCAGUAACUUCCUAUGUAAUUCAAAACCAGGGGACAAGGUUAAAGUGACAGGUCCGUCAGGCAAAAUAAUGCUCCUGCCUGAGGAAGAUCCAAAUGCAACUCACAUCAUGAUAGCUACUGGCACUGGUGUUGCUCCAUUCCGUGGCUACCUACGCCGUAUGUUCAUGGAAGAUGUCCCAAAGUACAGAUUUGGUGGCUUGGCCUGGCUCUUCCUUGGUGUGGCUAACACUGACAGCCUUCUCUAUGAUGAAGAGUUCACAAGCUACCUUAAGCAGUAUCCAGACAAUUUCAGGUAUGACAAAGCGCUAAGCAGGGAGCAGAAAAACAAGAACGCUGGCAAGAUGUAUGUCCAGGACAAGAUCGAGGAGUACAGCGACGAGAUCUUCAAGCUCUUGGAUGGCGGCGCGCACAUCUACUUCUGUGGUUUGAAGGGGAUGAUGCCUGGGAUUCAAGACACCCUCAAGAAAGUGGCGGAGCAGAGAGGGGAGAGCUGGGAGCAGAAGCUAUCCCAGCUCAAGAAGAACAAGCAAUGGCACGUUGAGGUCUACUAGGAUCUAAGUGUCCAAGGAUUAUGAUUGUUGCGCAGUGAAAAAGAGAAAACAAAACGCAUGAUCUGAUGAUUCUUGUAGGGUGGUGUAAAAUCAUCAUUUUUUUUCUGAAUAUGAAUCAUAAAAUCACCCAUGUAAUUCAUAAGCUUCUGCAUCACAUGAUGAACGAAAGGAAGCAUGUAACUUUUGCCUGUCACUAUUGCAGCUGGUACCUUUGCUAUCUACCAUACUGUAAGGUGUUUUGUCUGAAGCUGAUUUUCAGGUA